AUGCCGUCCCCCCACCUCCACCUCCGCAUUCCCCCAAGUCACCCACCUCCGCACGACCCCCAUGCCACCACACACCACGCGCGUCUCGUGCCCUCGUGCCUCCCGACUCUUGCAGUCUGCACCGCACGACCCCCCCACCCUUGCGUUCUGUCCCCCAGGACCCCGGCACCCCCACCCAACUCCCCACGACCCCCAUGCCACCACACACCACCCGCGUCUAGUGCCCUCGUGCCUCCCGACUCUUGCAGUCUCCACGCACGACACCCCCACUCUUGCGUUCUGUCCCCCAGGACCCGGCACCCCCACACAACUCCCCACGACCCCCAUGCCACCACACAGCACCCGCGUCUCGUGCCCUCGUGCCUCCCGACUCUUGCAGUCUGCACCACACGACCCCCCACCCUUGCGUUCUGUCCCCCAGGACCCGGCACCCCCACCCAACUCCCCACGACCCCCAUGCCACCACACACCACCCGCGUCUCGUGCCCUCGUGCCUCCCGACUCUUGCAGUCUCCACGCACGACACCCCCACCCUUGCGUUCUGUCCCUCAGGACCCGGCACCCCCACCCAACUCCCCACGACCCCCAUGUCACCACACACCACCCGCGUCUCGUGCCCUCGUGCCUCCAGACUCUUGCAGUCUGCACCGCACGACCCCCCCACCCUUGCGUUCUGUCCCCCAGGACCCGGCACCCCCACCCAACUCCCCACGACCCCCAUGCCACCACACACCACCCGCGUCUCGUGCCCUCGUGCCUCCCGACUCUUGCAGUCUCCACGCACGACACCCCCACUCUUGCGUUCUGUCCCCCAGGACCCGGCACCCCCACACAACUCCCCACGACCCCCAUGCCACCACACAGCACCCGCGUCUCGUGCCCUCGUGCCUCCCGACUCUUGCAGUCUGCACCACACGACCCCCCACCCUUGCGUUCUGUCCCCCAGGACCCGGCACCCCCACCCAACUCCCCACGACCCCCAUGCCACCACACACCACCCGCGUCUCGUGCCCUCGUGCCUCCCGACUCUUGCAGUCUCCACGCACGACACCCCCACCCUUGCGUUCUGUCCCUCAGGACCCGGCACCCCCACCCAACUCCCCACGACCCCCAUGUCACCACACACCACCCGCGUCUCGUGCCCUCGUGCCUCCAGACUCUUGUAAUCUGCCCCACACGACCCCCCACCCUUGCGUUCUGUCCCCCAGGACCCGGCACCCCCACCCAACUCCCCAAGACCCCCAUGCCACCACACAGCACCCGCGUCUCGUGCCCUCGUGCCUCCAGACUCUUGUAAUCUGCCCCACACGACCCCCCACCCUUGCGUUCUGUCCCCUAGGACCCCUGCACCCCCACCCACCUCCCCAUGGCCUGCAUGCCACAACACAGCACCCGCGUCUCGUGCCCUCGUGCCUCCCGACUCUUGCAUUCUGCCCCGCAUGA